AUGGAGAUAAAAAAUUUAUUGGAAGCUAUUGAAAGUAGAUACAUAAGCAGAGUCGAAGAAAUGAAAAGAUCCCAAGAAGUGUGUGAAGCUAGUGUCAGAGAAGUUAAAAAUAUGCUGAAGCUCACUGAUAAUUUUAAGACCCAGAGCGAGAAGGUCUGUCAAGAAUUACAGGCAAGUAAAAAUUUAAACGAUGAACUUUUAAAUAAUUUUAAAUCCGUGGUUAAUGAAAGUAUUCUUGUCAUUAAACCUAAAACGUCACAGACUUCAGAAAUAACUAAACAGGUUGUCAAAAAACAAAUAAACCCAGUAAACUUGAAAGUUGGUGGUUUAGCUAAAAAUAGGGAUGGGGCAAUAUCGAUUGUUUGUGAUAAUGCGGAGAUGGCUGAAAAACAAUUAAAAUAUAGAGCUGAAGAUAUGAUAAAUGGAGUAUACUUGAAUAUCCAAGGAUUAACAUCUAACUUCGCUGCGUUAGAAGAGCUGGUGUGCAAAUGCAAGUCCGAUUUCGUAAUUUUAAGUGAGACCCAUAUUACGGAAGAUAUGAAUGUAGGAAAAUUAACAAAUUACUUAGAAAAUAACAUGAACUUUGCUGAAAAUUAUUGUAUUGCGGGUGAUUUCAAUUUGGAUUAUUUGUGUAAUAGUGCUGCAAAAAGACAAAUAGAGCAGCUUCUAAAAGAUUAUGGGCUAAAACAAUUAAUAAAUGAACCCACUAGAGUAACAAACGUAUCGGGUACAUUGAUAGAUUAUGUUCUAGUUAAUCAGUUCCCAAAAAUUGAAGCGAGAAUUAAUAAGGAUCUAAAUAUCACGGACCAUGAAAUGAUAAGCAUCAAUGUAAUUAUUGAAUCUAAUAAGAAAACCCCAGAGCCAAACAUAGAAGAUUUAAAUAGUUGUGUUCUAAAUUUAGAAAAUGCAAUCAAACACUCAAUCCAAAAAUUAAGAAAAUCUAUAACGGUAAGGAAUAAUAAAGCUGAAUGGUUCAAUGAGGAAUUAAAUACCAUCAAGUUAAAUAAGAUUCAUUUGAGAAGCAGGCACACUAUGCUACAAAGUCAUGAUAGUUGGAAACAAUACACAAAAAUUAGAAAUGAAUAUAAAAAAAAAUGUCAAGAAGCAAAGAACAAAUAUAUUGAAACUAAAAUUGAAAGUAAAGUGGGGAAUCCCAAAGAAAUGUGGAGAACUAUAAAGAAAUAUGUACUCUUGAAAGAUGAAUAUUAUAUAUCUGAAUUAGAAAUAAAUAAUAAAAAAAUAAAUUGCAAAGAAGUUUUUCUUCCAAUUCUUGUGCAAAUAAUUAAUAAAUCGUUUGAAGAUGGUAAAUUUCCUGAAGCUUGGAAAGAGUCAGUGGUGGUACCAGUAAACAAAGUUAAAAACGCUAAAAGUGCGGAUAAUAUGCGACCGAUAAAUAUGAUGCCACUCUUUGAAAAAGUUUUGGAGAAGGUUGUGUGUAAUCAGUUGGAGAAUUUUUUGGAGAGAAAUGAAAUAUUAUGUAAAGAACAAUCUGGUUUUAGAAAAGCGCACUCUACGGAAACUUCUUUGACUUGGGUCUUGAAUGAGUGGAGAAAGGAAACUGAUAGUGGAAAAAUGAUAGUAGCUGUUUUUUUAGACUUGAAAAGGGCUUUUGAAACCAUCAGCAGAGAAAUAUUGAUUAGUAAAUUAAAGUCGUAUGGGAUUCGAAACAAAGAAUUAAGCUGGUUCUCAUCAUACCUAAGUAGCAGAUCUCAAAGAACGAAGUUAAAAGAUGUAUAUUCUGAUGCUAGAUUUCUAGACCUAGGAGUUCCUCAAGGAACUAUUUUGGGUGUAGUCUUAUUUUUAUUAUACAUAAAUGACAUACAAAAUGUGUUAAUUCAUUCAAAAGUAUGUUUGUUUGCAGACGACACAUUGACUUAUAUUGUUGGGAAAAACGCCGAUAUAAUUGAACAGCAAAUAAAUUCUGAUAUGGAUAAUUUACAUAAGUGGCUGUGUAGGAAUAAAUUAAUGCUGAACACCAGUAAAACAAAAGUUAUGUGUGUAAAUGGUGGAAACAGAAACAUUGCGGUUAAAGUGGAUAAUGUAGAAAUAGAAUCUGUUCAAAGUAUAAAGUACUUAGGAGUUUUUGUUGAUAACAAAUUGAAGUUCGAUGAGCAUACAGACUACAUUCGUGGGAAAAUAUCCAAGAAAAUUGGUUUCCUGGCGAGGAUUAGAAAAUCGGUAUCUGAAAAAUGUGCUGUAAUGUUGUACAAUAGUCUAAUUCUUCCACAUAUAGACUAUUGUUCAUCUAUUCUAUUUAUAUGUAGUGAAGAAAAGAGGAACAAAUUACAAAAACUUCAAAACAGAGCAAUGAGAAUCAUUUUAAAAGUUAACAAGAGAACCAGCAUUGCAAAAUUAUAUUCAGAAGUAUCAUAUCUAGAAUCGAUAUCAGGUAACAUAUCACUAUAA